AUGGAAAAAUACAAGCGCAAAAGAGAAGAGGAAGAGAAAGGACUUUUGGAGGAGGCAUAUGAAGAAUUUCGUGAAACAUUCGAAGAUGGAAUUGUCAAGACCUCAAAAAUAUUCAUUCGUGGCGAUGUUGUUAAUCCUGAUAAAACAGAUUCGAAUAUUCAAAAAUCAACAGUUUAUAAACCAGCCCCUGUUAUUCAAAUAAAAAAUAAUUUGGAAGUUGCGAAAAAAUUGGCUCAAGAAACUGCGAAGAAAAUAAUGAGCAGUGUAGAUAGUAAUCCACAAAAAGAUAAACAACAACAAAUUCUUCCUGAACAAGAUCAUACUUUAAAUCGACCAUCGAAACCUGGGAAUGCUAACAAAAUUGAAAAGUCAAGGCUAACAAACCUUGAGGCUUUCAAAGAAGAACUUAAACAAAUGCAGGCAAUGCGGGAUGAAAGAAAAGGUCUUCGGCAACAUUUAAAAGAAAAGUUGGGUGUUCCAGAAGAAGAAUUAAAUAGAAUUGCCCCAACACUUGAUGCUCCUUAUUUUGGUUCUGGUAUGCCUGUAAAUGUUGAUUAUGAACAUGAUCCAACAACAACAAAUCUUUAUGUUUGUAAUCUUCCACCCGACUGUAAACUUGAAGAUAUAUUUGAAACAUUUGGAUCAUUUGGCCCACUUGCUUCAGCAAAAAUUCUGUUUCCCAAGCCCGAAGAAGAGCGUUAUAGGGCAACAUUGAGUGGAUUUGUUGCUUUUAUGAGCCGUUUGGAUGCCGAACGUUCGAUGUAUUCUAUGCAUGGUGAUGUUUAUCGAGGUUGCGAACUUCGCGUUUCAUGGGCUAGACCUGUCACAAUGCCACCACUACCUUUCUAUGUUCCUCCACCUCUCCGAGAAUUGGCUAUGCCUGAUCCACCAUCCGGGCUUCCUUUUAACGCGAAACCUCAAACUGAAGAAUUGCGUGUUUUUCUCAAAAAAUAUCAUGAUUUACCGAAGUUGAAUUCAACGCUCGAUACUAACGAUGUGGAAAUGUGCAGAGACUACAAAAAGAUGAUAGAGAACUCGACUGUUCGGGUCGUCGUCCCCACAGAAAGACCGUUAUUGCAACUAAUUCAUCGAGUAGUGGAAUUCUUGGUUCGUUCUGGCCCUUUGUUUGAAGCGAUUUUAAUGGCGAAAGAACGUCAAAACCCAAUGUAUCGUUGGUGGCAACCACCACCACAUGCUUUAUUUGAAUUAGGAAUGCCUCCACAACUUUAUAAUACCGCCUAUGUACCGAAAAGACGUCGUUCUAAUGACAAAAAACAAGCUAAUAAUGUACAUAAACGAUCAUCAUCAACAGAAAAGAAAAUAGGAGAAGAAAAAGAAGAAACUGAUGAAAGUAAGGAACGUGUUGAACGAAGGAAAAAAGCUUUAAAAAAUAUUGCCGAAAAAGAAGAACAGCGAAAACGACUUAAAGGUGUGUUGAAUGAUCAAUCACGAGAAGAAUUAGAGAAUCUACUCAGGAAUUUGACACCAGAAAAAAUUGCUAUUGGUGAUGCGAUGGUAUGGUGUUUAGAUCAUGCAGAAUGUUCAAAGGAAAUUACACAAUGCAUUUUCGAGUCAUUGUGCAUAAAAGAAACACCGCUACAUAGAAAGAUUGCUCGAAUUUACCUAGUAUCGGAUAUUUUAGCAAAUUGUGCUGUUCGAGUGAAAGAUGCAUUUUAUUAUCGUCAACAUUUUGGUGACUAUCUGUUAAAAAUUUUCUCUGAACUCAAUGAAGCACUUGAUUCAAUUGAAAGUCGGUUAAAAGCUGAACAGGUUUCUAAAAAAAUAUUUUGGAGUAUAAAUAUUUAA